AUGGAUUUUGAAAUGAACUCGAGCCUGAAAGUCAUUCCUCUUUGCUACGAAUAUUUAAACAGUUCCUGCGUAAAGUCCUCGUACCCGCUCGUCCUCAGAGUGCCGCUCUAUGUGUUUUUCAGCUUGGUGGUGAUUUUGACAGUAUUUGGGAACUUUUUUGUCAUCCUCAGCAUCGUUCACUUUAAGCAGCUUCACAUGCCGACAAAUUACCUCGUCUUGUCUCUGGCUGUAACUGAUUUGUUGUUAGGAGGAUUUGUGAUGCCUCCGAGUAUGAUUCGGUCUGUAGAAACCUGCUGGUAUUUGGGGACAUUAUUCUGUAAAAUUCACAGCAGUGUUGAUAUCACUUUGUGCACCGCAUCCAUUUUAACCUUGUGUUUCAUAUCCGUCGAUCGAUAUUAUGCCGUGUGUCAUCCUUUAUUGUAUCAGACCAUAAUGACACCGUCUGUCACGCUGGUUAUGAUUUCUAUUUGCUGGAGUGUUUCAUUCGCAGUCGGAUUCGGGAUAAUAUUUUUUGGUCUCAACAUACUGGGUAUCGAAGACUUUUAUGAGGAAAACAUUGCCUGUGAAGGUGGUUGUGUUUUGUUCCAAAGUUCUGCCUCCAGCACAGCUUCCUCUUUGCUCUCCUUUUAUUUCCCAGGUGUCAUCAUGCUGAGCAUUUAUACAAAAAUAUUCCGUGUCGCACAAAAACAAGCCAAAUCCAUUCAGGACUCGAAAAAUAAAGGUAAAUCGAUGAUAAGCAAAGAGGAGAAAAAGGCAACAAAGACCCUGGCGGUGAUUAUGGGCGUGUUUCUUUCACUUUGGACGCCAUUUUUUAUCUGCAAUAUCAUUGAUCCUUUUAUAGGUUAUUUGAUUCCUCCUGUGUUGUUUGACAUGUUGGUGUGGAUCGGAUAUUUGAAUUCAACCUUUAACCCCAUCGUGUACGCUUUUUUCUACAAGUGGUUUAGAAAAGCACUGCGGAGUGUCUUGUCUGGGAAAAUAUUUCAGUCAGGAUCUUCAAGAAUGAAUCUUUUUUCACAUUGAGUAAAAAAUUU